GAAAAGCAAGGUUUCUGAUUUUGGUACUCUACCUUUAAUUUAAAAAAAGUAAAUUUUCCAAAUUGCCUGAAACUUGCAUUAAUGUUUUUCAUGUUUUAUUUUAUUUAUUUUUACCAUGUUCAGUUAUUAGCUGACAAGUGAGGGUUUUUAAAAAAGUUAAACUAAAUUUUCGAAAGAUUGUGGUUUUUUUUUUAAAUUUUGAAUUUCGCAAUUUAAAACUUAAAAAAAGAAAAGCCAAAAUUAUUCAUAAAUUUCCGUUCGACAAUAGUUGACUUUUUUCUUCGAAUUUUUUUCCCUUUUUUGGAAAAAUAUUACGCGCUGACAUGACGACCAUUUUAACGGAUGCCAACAAAAUUGCGAAAUAUUUCAAAACUGCUCUCGCAUAAAAGAAGGCAAAAAGGACGAAAUACUGGCGGCCAUGGCAGACGAAGAUCCCUAUUUUUGGACAAAAAAUGGCCGCCCGGAGCAUAAAAAUAAUCGUGAUCGAAAUCGGCUUUGCCGUUAUAUUUUGCGGAAUUUGAAAGUCAAAGGAGUAAUAAUGAAAACUUAUCACUUAAGCUCUGAGGCUUUUCACAAAAAAAUUUCUCAACAAGAUUUGACUCCAUUUGUUAAAUACUCAUUAAACAAGAAAAGGCGAUGGGAGACGAAAUGUGAUUUAGAAACGAUAUCACAACUUGAAGAAGCUUAUUGCAAUAUGGAUGUACUCGUAUUCGAUCGUGUUCUGCUAUAUUACGAUCCUUUUUGGUAUUUAUUCUACCAUACUUUCUAUUAUCAUGAUUUCCUUCUCAAGUUCCCGAUUCGUCAAUUUUAUCAUAAACAUUCAAAUAAAAAUUAUCAGUACACUUCUGGAAAUUCAACAUUUGGACAAUCCUACAAAAGUUUACUUCCUGAGAGCCGAUCUCCCCGAAUACCUGAAGCUAGCAAGAAAUUAGAAAGUGGUCUGUCUCCAAAAGUUGCCUAUCACAUUAUUACUCCGCCGAAAAAUUAUGAAAAAUUACGAAAUAAUGAUUUCAAUCCAGUAUCUAGUUUUCGAAAAGGCCAUCGAGUAAUAUCACAUUGGCGACGUACGGAUGAAAUGCUGGAUAUAUGGUUCGCCCUUCGAUAUGAAGAGCUUGAAGAUCUUGACGAAAAGCUUAUAGAAGAGCAUGACGAUGGGAAUUAUAGUUUUCAUAGUAAAUUCUACAAUUUGGAGGAUCAUUAUGUUGACAAGCCAAAAUUAUCAAAGAGAUGCAGGUCAAAUUCUAAUUCAAGUUGGAGCAUAGUCUCUGAAACUUUGCUGUAAAAUUUUUGUGAAAUAAAUUUUCUUUUUUUCAUGCUUUUGACUCGUUUUUUUAAAUAAAUGUUUUUAUUAAA